UCGGCCAGGGCAGGCCAGGGCCAAAGGUGUCAGCAGGGGUCAGGGUGUAGCGGUGUAGCUGUCGCCAGAUCGUACCGUGUGUACAAUGUUUACGAACGUGUUUAAUCGCGAAAGAUGAUAAAUAAUUAAGUGUCAUCAAUAAGAAACGAUGAGCGAAAGAAAGUUUAGCCGUGCUUUGGGAAAGCCCGGUAUGGCUGCCCAGCUUCGGGAAACUGUGUCACAAGUUGUACGCGAAAGUACGGUGCAGAACAAACCGUUUCUUACCGAGCCUCUGGAUUAUGAAAAUUUUGUUUCAAAAAACAAAACUCUUCUGCAAAAUGAUCCGCAACGUGAACUUUUGCUCUAUCCUCAGGAUGACAUCUCUCAAGUUAUUCUACCCAAGAGGCACAGAACAACAGUACCGGUUGUUCAGAAUAUUUUGGAUUCAUCCGAAGGUGGAGAAACUCUGCUCACUAGAGAAUGUCUUCGAACUUACUCCUCAAACUGGAAUCUCGUUCGAUACAAAUAUUCAACUUAUGGAGGAACGCAUACUGAGCUGCCAAAGUUGACAAAAGGUGAUGCAUUGAGAGAAGAGAUUUAUGAGAUUGACACAGAAGUGGAUCAAGUGGAUGAGGACCUUACGAGAAACGAUGGAAUAACAAAAGAGGGUUAUCUGUUGAAGGGUCCAGAAAUCGGGAGCGCGGAUCGAAUGUUUGUAAACAUAGGUGCAAAAUCGUUUAAAAGAAGAUUUUGUCACUUGAGACAGGAGGUGGAUGGAACGUACAUAUUGGAGUUGUUCAAAGAUGAAAAAAAGGGUGAAGCCAAAUUGGCGAUAGUGAUGGAUUUUUGUACAGAAGUGAUAAGAAAUCCAAAACGAGGUAGAUUCUGUUUUGAGAUGCGAAUGAGCGGAACUCACAAAUCAUACAGUUUUGCAGCGGAUAACGAGACCGAUAUGCAAGAUUGGUUGUUGAAAUUGUCUUCGGUGCUUCAACACUAUAAACAACAGGAAGAAAAACGAGCUGCCUCGUUAGAAAGAGCUUGCAACACGCCUCCGCCUUCGCCUCAACCUUUGCCCGUGUAUGGAACUCUCAAGGGCCUCGAACAAAGUAUGAAUCCCCAAUUGAUCAAAUAUUCACGAGAAACGGACACGAGUAUUUUGUUGGCACGACGAGAAAAUCGCAAACGUUUGUUUACCCUUUAUAAUAAUUCUUCACACGCAAAGACACCGCUUGGAAAUCCAAAUGAAACGAGUAUCGACCCUUACAACGAACAGUUUGGUCAACGAAUUUUCGUCAAAUGUGAAGCUCUCAAAUUUCGGCUCCAAGCACCCAUCGACGAAAAAGAGUCUCUCUGCCAAGUCGAACCUUAUCAUACAAGUCUCGCUCUUUUCGACGCUCGGAAUGCCCGGAAAUUGUCUGAAAAUUUUCACUUCGAUAUCAAUCACGAAUCUGUUCGGGAUCUGGUUGGCGAUUUGAGCCCUGUUGGAGUCACUACUGAUAACGAGAGCCACGAUUUACCUGAUGAACUAAAAGGCAUUCCAUACAAUUGGUUGAAAAAUCCUAGACAAGCCAUUUUCAGCAUUAGCAAUCCUCAUCCUGAUAUUUUUCUCGUUGUACGGAUCGAAAAAAUUCUUCAAGGCAGCAUUUAUCAAACUUCCGAACCUUAUCUGCGCGCAACCAAGGAUCCACGUCUGGGACUCAAAGUUCACAAACAAGUCAGGGCCUCUUGUCAGAGAUUGGGCAAUUAUCGAAUGCCUUUUGCCUGGGCAGCAAGGCCGCUUUUCAGACUGUACAGCAACGAGCUCGAUACAUCUUCGGACUUUCCUGCCAUAUAUAGACAAGAAGGGAAUAAAAUUCGCGACGACGAAAUAUUGAAAUUGCUCUCCGAGUACAGGAAACCUGAGAAAUUGAGCAAACUGACCGUUAUUCCUGGAUGGCUGAAAUUGCACAUCGAGCCUUUAAGCGAUAUUCCUGACAAUUCUUUGACAACGGCCUUGAUUCCAUUGAAACCAUUUCCAUUGCCGCCUAUCGCGAGGCCUACCAUCGAAGUAGCCGAAUUCGAAGGUUCCUCGGAAAAGGAUGUUCAUCCUUACACGACCUACGUCAAUCAUUUAUACGUUUAUCCACAAACGUUGAAUUUCGAUACUCAAAAAAUAUUCAGUAGAGCCAGAAAUAUCGCGUGCAUAGUGGAAUUGCGCGAUGACGAUGGCGAGGACGCCCAACCAUUGCGGUGUAUUUAUGGAAAACCGGGGUCGCAAUUACUAUGUCCUCGAGCGAAUUGUGCUGUACUUCAUCAUAACGCCGUACCCUCAUGGUAUGAGGAAAUAAAAAUGAGGUUACCCACCAAACUCCAUGCCAAACAUCAUCUCUUGUUCUCUUUUUAUCACAUAAGUUGUGAUAUGAAUAAGAAAAAGGAAAAUGGGGUUGAAAAUUGCGUCGGGUAUGCAUGGGCAGUUCUUUUGCACAAAGGACGAUUGAACGUCGACAUGGAAACGAAUAUCCAAACUCUGCCCGUAGCGACACAUUUACCAGCGGGAUAUCUUGCGAUCCAGCCUCUUGGACUCGGGAAAGGGAAUGCUGGCCCCGAUAUUACGUGGAUCGAUGGACAACGUCAAAUCUUCACCGUUUCGUUUCAAUUGAUCUCGACCGUCUUUACGCGAGAUCCCCAUUUGCACAAUUUUUUUGUUCACGCCGAAAGAAUUUUGGACACAAAACCUUCGGCCGUUCCGUCCGAUAUGGAAACUUGCAAAAUUCUCAAAGCCGCUCACGCCAUACAAUUGAUUACGGCAAUUACAUUUUUUCCGACAAUUAUUAAUCAAUUAUUUGCAUUGUUGACCUGUAACACGAGCGAGGAAGUCGGUCUUUACAUAAUCCGGGUUCUCAUUCAUAUCAUUAGUCUUGUACACCAAGCCGGUCGAAAAGAAAUUCUUCAGGCGUAUGUUAAGUUUGUUUUUGUACCACCAAAUAUGAGAAAUCAUGGAGCCACCGUUCACGAACAAUUGGCAAAAUAUUUACCAUCGUUGCUGCAACCGAAUAACACAGAUUUUUUGGUGGUCAACAAAUUCAUGCAUCAUUCCAGUUUUUUCUUCGAUAUUAUGGUGAAGAGUAUGGCUCAACAUAUGCUUUCGACUGGAAGAAUUAAAAUGCAUCGUAACGAGAGAUUUUCACAACAAUAUCACAGUGAAAUAAAAAAUCUAUUAGAAGUCAUAACGCCGUACCUCAUGAAUAAAUACAAAGAAAUGCCGGUCGAGACUCACGAAUUGAAUAAGAGUUUGGCCCAAUUUUUGAAGAAAUGUUUAACAUUCAUGGAUCGUGGAUUCGUUUUUCGACUGAUCAAAAGUUACAUGGACAAUUACUCACCGGGCGAUCCAAGGACUCUGCAAGAUUUUAAAUUCACAUUCCUCCAAAUAAUAUGUUCUCACGAACAUUACGUGUCAUUCAAUUUGCCAAUGAUGCAGACACGCGUUACCAGCAAAGAUACCGAACAAGAGACAGAGUGUGAUGAUUACAUAAGCGAGUACUGCCUGUCUCAAGAUUUCUGCAAGCAUCAUUUCUUAGUCGGUCUACUUCUUCAAGAAGUUAAAAUAUCCCUCAACGAGGUCGUACAAAUACGGAAAGUUGCGAUCAUCACGUUACGAGAUUUGCUCGCGAAGCACGAACUCGACGACAGAUAUCAGAAUAAGGGACAACUUAGUCGGAUAACAUCGAUUUACAUUCCGUGGUUGGGAAUCGUCUUGGAGAAUCUUCACCGUCUUCAGUCCGUCCAUGACGCUAAUGAUAGAGUCAUAGAGUUCGAUCGAAAUCACGAUACAAGAGUGUCGAGCAGUAAUUCUUUUGUUGUUAAUAAAGAUCCCGGUGUUCCAACAAGCGUAACCGAUACCCCAAAAUCAAUUCAUAGGUUGACUCUUCAUCUCGAUUCACAAUCUCCGAUAAGAGGAUCAAUGCAAUUGCGGGAUUCAACGUAUUUUGCUGCGAUAGCUGGACAAGGAAUGGCGAACGGGUAUUCGUGCGCGAGUAUCGAGUCAAAUGCCUCGACGAUGUCGAGUACUUCGCACUCUCACAUCUCCCAAGAAACGACUAUUAUUCGUGAACCCAUAGAGAAUGGUUGUUCCGAGCGUAAAGGACAUUCGAGAUCAUUGAGUGUAACACAAACGUCUCCGAGAUGCGACAAGCUGCAAUCUUCCGAAAUGAAAGAUUUACUCGUUUGCUUUUUAUUCGUUAUAAAAUACCUUGGCGAUCAUCAAAUCAUUGCUUGGUGGCAGCAAUGUUCGGAUUCUGAAAUCUUGAGCUUCUUCACCGUUAUAGAAAUGAGUCUACAUCAUUUCAAAUAUAUAGGAAAACGCCAAGUAGCCGUAAACGUAGCGAGCACCGGCGGAAAGCCUCGAACGGUGAAAGCUAUGACAUUACCCGCAAGAAUGGCACCUCCCGAUUUUUCAUCCGAUAGUCCGGCUACUGGAACUCUCCAGCCUCACAAUAAUACAGCACGCGAAAGUCUCGUCGACGAUGAAAGUGGCAAAUUUCAUCAGGCUCUCCUCGAAGCCAAUAUGGCAACGGAAAUCGGACUCAUCACCCUCGAUUGCAUCGGACUCUUUUGCAUUCAUUUCAAAGAUAUUUUACUCGCCGGCGAUGGCGACAACCCAAUAAUGCAAAAACUUUUUACAAUCUACUUAACUUUCCUUCAAAUCGGACAAUCCGAAACUCUGCUUCGUCACGUUUUUGCUGGGCUUCGAGCCUUCCUCAAUAACUAUUCCAUUGCGUUAUUUCAAGGGAGCGCGGUGUUUUGUGGUCGAUUGUGUUACGAGUUGUUGCGAUGUUGCAACAGUAAAUUGAGCUCUAUCAGACAGGAGUCUUGUGCUCUAUUGUAUCUGCUGAUGCGAAGCAAUUUCGAGUUCACCAGCAGAAAAGGAUUGACCAGAGUGCAUUUGCAGGUGAUUAUUUCCGUGUCUCAAAUGUUGGGCAAUGUGAUCGGUUUGAACAACUCGAGAUUCCAAGAAUCAUUGUCGUUAAUAAACAGUUACGCCUCCUCCGAUAAAGUAAUGAAAGGCACCGGCUUUCCCGUCGAAGUUAAAGAUCUUAACAAACGUAUCAGAACCGUUCUAAUGGCAACAGCACAAAUGCGAGAACACAACAACGAUCCCGAGAUGCUCGUCGAUCUUCAACACAGUCUCGCUAAUUCUUAUGCCAGUACGCCCGAACUCCGGCAUACUUGGCUCGAAACAAUGGCUAGAAAUCAUGCGAGAGAUGGAAAUUUUUCAGAGGCUGCUUGCUGUCAACUGCACAUCGCCGCAUUAAUGGCAGAAUAUUUGAAAUUAAGAAAAAUGCACUCGUGGGGCGCUGAAGCUUUCGAUGAAAUUUCAGUUAAUAUUUCAAGAGAUGAACGGGGUCUUAAGCUUGACGCCGGUGAGAUUUGGAUCCAAGAUAUUCAUUACAAUGAAAGUCUUCUUCUCGAGCAAUUGGAAAUGUGUGCAGAAAUGCUUGAAAAAGCUGAACGGUACGAGCUUCUUGGCCCUUUGUACCGCCUGAUAAUCCCAAUUUACGAGAACAAACGUGAUUACGGAGCGUUGUCACAGUGUUACACGCAUUUGUCCCAAGCUUGCACGAAGAUCGUCGAAGUUACAAAAACUGGAAAAAGAUUGUUGGGAAGAUUUUACAGAGUAGCCUUUUUUGGAUCCGCGUAUUACGAAGAGGAACACGGACAAGAAUACAUUUAUAAAGAACCGAAAGUCACGUCCCUGUCAGAAAUCUCAGACCGGCUUUAUCGUUUGUACUCGGAGAAAUUCGGCUCAGAGAACGUUAAAAUAAUAAUGGAUUCGGUGCCCGUCGACGUUAGCGAAUUAGACACGAAAAUAGCUUAUAUACAAGUGACACACGUUGUACCUUACUUCGAAAAAUUUGAAUUAGAAAACCGACAGACCGAAUUUGAGCUUAAUCAUGACGUUUAUUGCUUUAUGUUUGAAACACCAUUUACUAAGGAAGGAGGAAAAGCGAGAGGAAACCCUGAGGAUCAAUGGAAAAGGCGAACGAUACUAACGACCAAAUGCUUAUUUCCGUAUAUAAAAAAACGCAUUCCCGUGGCGGAAAAACGGAUAAUAGAGCUGAGUCCAAUCGAGGUAGCUCUGGACGAGAUGCGACAACGUGUACAAGAAUUGGAGGACGUUGCUCUUAUUGCACCUACUGAUGCUAAAAAAUUGCAAUUGCGUUUGCAAGGGAGCGUGUGCGUUACCGUUAAUGCGGGACCGCUCGCUUACGCAUCCGCUUUUUUAGAUCCUGCCUGUUCGUCCAAUUAUCCGGACGACAAGGUUGAAGAAUUGAAGGAUGUUUUUAGGGAUUUCGUCAAGAUAUGUUAUACUGCGCUGCAAAUAAACAGCAAAUUGAUAACGGCAGAUCAACACGAAUACCAGGAAGUAUUGCGAGAGAAUUAUCAAAAGCUCUGUCAAAAUUUAUCCUCCCUACUCGGAGAAUCCAUAUGGCCGGACGAGCAAGUUGGUAGUUUCAAGAGAAACAGCGCUGCACUUUUCAGCGCGAUAAGCGGCGCAAAUAACCAUACCAGUAUAGCUUAAACCUUCAUUGUAACUACGAGGCAUUUUUUUUUUCUUCAUUGUAAGAGUACUAGCUCGUUGUCCUACAAGGGAGAAUUUAUUUCGCGAAAGUCGCAAUUGACGACCUCGUAUUCGAGUCAAUAAAUAGUCCAAUUAAUCGCGAGACAAUUCCGCAAGAAAAUGCAAGUCGCGUAGAUAAAUGUUAUGUUCUCGGUAAUAUUCAUACUAACGCCCAAGUCUGAUUGAUUAUUUGUAUAUGGAAGUUAUAUUAACGACAAAUCUGUAUGGAUGUAUUUAAUAUAAACGCACAAGCGCAACACAAACCCUUAGAAAAUAUGUAUAUAUUUGUGUAAUAGCGACUGGAUAAACAAGGAAGCGAAGAAAGAAAAUUGCCCACGAAAACUCAGAUUAGUGUAACAAUCGAAAAAAUUAUAUAAAUCUAAUGACAAAAAUUUUGAUAAACGCAAAUCUUGUUUUCUAAUACAUUAAACUUGUGUUCAAUUGCACUUGGAAAUAAAAAAGAAGGAGAAAAAGUACUUUAGAGAACUAGGCUGACCAUAGGUCACACAUUAAUUCGAGUCAAUUUCUACGUCAUUUCGUCGUCUUUUUUUCAACCACGCGACAAAUAAAAAAUCAAAAUUAUUGGCAUUAUCAUAUUUUGAUCAGUAUCCCUGUAUGUGAUGGAUAUAUCGUUUUUUUUUUAGUUUUGUCUCGAAAAAAUUAAAUCAAAAAGUACGUGAUUUACAAGACCUUUUGUUUCGACUACGAAGAUUUGUACAUAUCGAUGUGUAAGAUGCGCUCUUUUUGUUCUGGUGAUUCCCCAUUGCUUUACUGGUUACAAAAAAAAAGUAGGAGAAAACACAAGAAUUAUAAAAUUUUGUUUCGUCGUUCGGAGAAGAUAGCACGAAAGACCAAUGAACACAUUUUAUUCAGUUCUGCGAGUAAUAAUCAGGAGUAACCACUCUCAACGCUGUAGAGAACAAAAAACAUAAAAACGAGACUGAAAGCACAAAACACGACCGUGUUUCAACUAUUAUAAAAACAAUAUCAAUACUCCAAGUAGCACGGGGUAGCAUUAUGCAACAAAUAAACAGCACAAAACGUCAAUCCUCACGUCCAUAGUCAUUUUUUUAACGAACCUUUGUACUAAGAUGAUUACACGUUCAGAAAAUCGAGCUCACCUACUUGUAUGUCAUAAUUAUUCGUAUAUUUACUACAAGUAUUAUUAUUAUUAAUCCACGCUGUCGAACCAUUGAAAAAACAACGUGAGUCCAUAAUAAAUCCAUACUCCCACAUUGA